GCGGUGGAUGGUGGUACAUCAAGCUAACCUUAACCUGUCUGUUCCCUUGUCGUUUCCAGCACAAUUUUGUAUUGUUGAGAAUAUUGACAGAAAGUUAAGUUUUGUAUUAUACUAAAACUGACAUUAAGGAUAUUCAUUAAUUUGUUGUAACAUGGCAGAUGUCUUAGAACUUGACAAUGCCGAAGAGUUUGAAGUUGACGACGAAGGAGAUCAGGGCAUUGCUCGUCUCAAAGAUAAGGCGAAGAAGAGGAAAGGUAGAGGUUUUGGUGGAGAGAAGAGUGCAAGGGAAGAAGUUAGAGACUAUGAGACAAUGGACGUGGAAGAUGACGAGGACCCCGGCCCACAGAGAUCUGUGGAGGGGUGGAUUCUUUUUGUCACUUCAGUACAUGAAGAAGCUCAAGAAGAUGACAUUCAUGACAAAUUUUCAGAGUUCGGUGACAUCAAAAAUAUUCAUCUGAAUUUGGACCGAAGAACAGGUUUUCUUAAGGGAUACGCUCUCGUGGAGUACGAGUCGUACAAGGAAGCCGCUGCCGCCAGAGAGGCUCUGGACCAAUCAGAAAUUCUUGGACAGAAAAUCGGAGUUGACUGGAGCUUUGUCAAAGGUCCAAAGAAGACAAGAAGAAGCCGAAGGAGGAGAUGAAGUUUUUUAGCGAAAAGCAAAUAAAUGUGCUACAUUAUUUUGACAUUUUAAGUGUAUUAUACUUCACUGUCCUGUGUUUUUAUUGAGAUGUAUUCGUUUAAGAAAUCUUUUUUAAAAGUUUUAUUUUACUGUAGUUCAGUUUUUUUUUUUUCAAACCCACAUUUUUCACCUCAAUUGUAGACAGUGCAGUUGGUUUGGUAGUGUGUAACUUUCUUGUAGUUUACCAAACCUUAGUUGAAUAAUAUUUAGUUUUAGGCCUUGCUGUUUCUUACAUUUAAUAAAGUUUUCGACCGUCAA